AUAAAUAAAAAAGCGAAAAUAAACUUAGCAAACUUUUAAACAUCGCCUAAAAAAGUAUUUAAAAUGAAGUUGAAGUGUACCGUUCUAUAUAUCCUAUUUGUUUUCAUACCGAAUAUAACAGGAGUUCCCUUUACGCAAGGUGAACUUAAAUGUGAACGCAUAAAUGUUCCAGAAUGUUUAUUUCUCGCCGACAGAGGUUACAGCUUCAACAAGACAGAAGACAAAACACAAUCAGAAAACAUUAAAAAGUUCAAAAUAUGGUUGAAUGCUGUUGACUUUGAGUGCAGUGAAGCAUUGACGUCAUUCUUAUGCACCGAAAUUUUCCCAACGUGUGACAGAAAACAAGAUGAAGUUAUACGUCCCUGCAGUUCUUUUUGCAGAAAAGUCGAAAGUGGUUGUAAACCCCUGUAUGAUCAUGAACCCCUUAGUGAUUUUAAACCUAGUUGGCCACUUAACUGCAGUCAAUAUCCAAAUGGAGAUGAUACAGAUUGCUUAAAGUAUAGCGAUGUAAACAAGCAGUAUCACAAACAAAAAGAAGUGCAAGGUGUUAUUGAAGGACCCGAGCAUACAAAUUUAGUAAUUCAAUGUGCUAAAGGCUACAUUUUACACAUCACGAAGGUCAGUCACAGUGAUUCAAAGUGUUGUGGAUUAAUUUCGAAAUAUAUCUUGGCCAAUAUAUGUUAUAACAAAACUAUUUGCAAAGUUCAGAACACACAAAGCACAUUUGGAGCUCAUUGUAGAGGAACAGUUGGCACAGUAAAGGUGGAGUACAAAUGCAUAAAAAAGUUGACUGAGAAUCCACUGUGUCUUCGAAAAUGUUUUAAUGAAUUGGAAAAGUUAAAAGUUUUUACACCACUUGGAAGUUUUGCCCCAGAAUGCAGCGCAGACGGUUGGUAUCUACCACUUCAAUGUCAUCAGGGGGAAUGUUUCUGCGUCUUCACUAAAACUGGAGAAGAAGUCCUCGGUACUAGAGUUAAAUCCGGAAAACCAAGAACAUGUGCAAUGACAAAUUGUUUAAGAAUGCGCCAUCAGAUUUGGACCUACGGUCAAAAACGGUCUAUACCAAAGAACGUAUAUCAAAUAACGUCGUGUGACAAGAAUGGAAAAUUUGAGCAACUGCAAUGUUGGAGAGGUGGGUGUUGGUGUGUUGAUCCGGAAACAGGAAAAGCUUUGACAUCAACGUCCAAAUCAAGGACCAGCUGUCAAACAAAGAAGAACUAAAUUCGCAAAAGGAGUAGGGUUAUUUUCGUUUUUAAUUGUUCUUUUCUGCAAGACUUUCUCGGCCAUCCGAGCACCUGGCUACUUCAAUAAAUUUUUGUUUAAAAAAUUGACGUGUUUAUAUGAGAACAAUGCAGCACGUCUUGACAAUCUCUCGGUUAAAUUUACAAAGAUUCAAGCGGGAUAAUUUUUUAUGUAAACACACUCUAUACCAAGCCAGACGAAGCAGGCGAUGCAGGCGAUAUGGUUUUUAUGAUUAAAAAAUCAUUUUAGUUUGUUUUAGGAUUUUUGUUCUGCAAUUGUUUCAAACCAGCUCAUGUAAACGAGAUAAUUUUAUGGCAUACAAACAGAGGCUAUAAACCUGCUGAGCAGGUGUUCCAGGUUGAUUUGUCAAACAAGCAUGCGUCCAUAUAAACUCUAUAUAAACAUUUUAAUACUUCAACAGAUAUUCAUUAUUUUGUUUAUAGUAAUAUUGAUAGUGAUUGAUAAUUUUAUAUUCAGUUUGUUUGUACCGUUUUACCAGAAGACUUGAUCUAGAAUAAUGAAA